GGGCCGGGAGCCUCUUUCGGCAACUUUGCAGGGGUUUGCUCACUAUACCAUGGGACUGGUACUGGUACACAUCUGGUCCGAGUCCCAGGCAUGCAAACCAGCACCCCAGACAAUGGGUAAUGACACGCUACCCAUGGAAUACCAUGCGGUCACGCAGACCUCGGUCCCAUGAUCCCCUUCGAUCAACCCUUGUUUUCUUGUUGACCCAUGCAUUUAUAUUCGCCGCCGCCGCCGAUGUUUUUCUCCAAUUCACCAGGCCCUCACCUUUCAGCCCUUGUCCGUGGUGACUCAAUUGCACUUCGUGCCCAUUCAGGACCACCUUCUGGCCAUGGAUCCAGCUACCCAGGCCUCGGCCGAUGACUCCUCCAAUCUGAAGGACCUCGGGGUGACCCAUGACGAGAACAAAGUCGCUGGAACUACACACCAAGUUGCAGAAAGGGGAAAGCUCGCGACUAAUCAGUAUGGCGAGUCGCUCAUCGUUUUUGACAAGGCGGCUGAAUCGAGGCUCCGGCUAAAGAUCGAUUUUUACAUCGUACCGACAGUGUCGUUCCUUUAUCUCUUCUGCUUCAUUGACCGAGCAAACAUCGGCAAUGCGCGAAUUGCAGGAAUGGAGAAGGACCUCGUCUUCACCGGAUACAACUACAACCAAAUCCUCUCCGUCUUCUACGUUUCAUACAUUAUAUUCGAAAUCCCUUGCACCGUGCUCUGCAAGUAUAUUGGUCCGGGAUGGUUCAUUCCCGUGACAUCCCUCCUCUUCGGCGUCUGCUCUGUCGGCACGGCGUUUGUGAAUACUACCGCCGCUGCUUGUGGUGUGCGAUUCUUACUCGGCAUUUUUGAGGCGGGCAUGUUACCUGGUAUAGCGUACUACCUCUCCAGAUGGUACCGUCGAAGCGAAUUAGCAUUCCGACUCUCCCUCUACAUCGUCAUGGCACCGCUCGCCGGUGCUUUUGGAGGACUUCUCGCGUCCGGCAUCCUAAAGCUUUCCAACUUCGGCGGCCUUGAGUCGUGGCGCAUGAUCUUUGCCAUCGAGGGCAUCAUCACGAUUGGCCUCUCCCUCAUUUCCUUCUUCACCUUGACCGACAGCCCGGAAACUGCACGAUGGCUGUCUCAAGAAGAGAAGGAUCUUGCUAUUGCCCGCGUUAAAUCGGAGCGCAUUGGCACGACUGAAGUCCUGGACAAAAUCGACACACCGAAACUUCUGAGAGGUAUCUUCAGUCCGGUAACACUCGGCACUUCAUUCAUUUUCCUCUUGGAUAAUAUCACCGUGCAAGGCCUUGCCUUCUUCGCCCCCACCAUUGUCAGGACUAUAUACCCAAACAACUCGACGGUUUCUCAGCAGCUCUAUACCGUACCUCCAUAUGUGGUAGGGGCCUUUAUCACCCUUUUGGUACCGUACUUGAGUUGGAAAACGGAUCGCCGCACCAUCUACUUCAUCGUCUCGGCUCCCUUCAUGAUGAUUGGAUAUAUCAUGUUUCUAGUGAGCAGCGAUCCCCACGUCAGGUACGGCGCCAGUUUUCUCGUCGCGAUGGGUGCAUUCUCUUUCGGUGCCCUGUGCAACGCACAUGUUUCCGCCAACGUCGUUUCGGAUACUGCGCGGUCCGCCGCCAUUGGCACGAAUGUCAUGUUUGGAAACAUUGGCGGCCUGAUCGCCACAUGGUCGUUUCUACCAUUCGAUGGGCCAGACUACCACAUUGGUAAUGGCCUCAACCUUGCCACAUCUUCUGUUGUCUUCUUAAGUUCUAUUUGUCUCCUAGCCUGGAUGAAGCUUGACAACAGGCGGCGUGACAAUAAGAAUAUUGAGGAAGAACUAGGUGGGUUCACCCAGAGAGCGACUCAGGACCUUGAUUGGCGGCAUCCUGCUUUCCGGUGGAAGCCAUAAUUAGUUGGAUUGAAUUUGAGGGAGGUUACGACCGGUAGGACACUUCAUGAAGUCUGGCAUGACUUCUUGUCUCUGUGAGCUUAAAUAAGGUUAUUUUAAGGAUGUGGACGUCAAUUUGCGAUUAGCAUCUCUUAAAAUCUAGUUGCGGCUUUAGCCUCGGAAAUUGGUUUUGCAUCUGUAUUUACUAACGGGGACUCUUCC